ACGAUCAUGACAAUCCAUUUCCCAACAUCUGUCAAUAUGAACUUUGUCAGGUAUUAUGCUUGACCGUUGAACAUGAUCGUGAAAGCAUAGGAAAUGAAUCAGAUUUGAAUCAGUGAGAAUUUCAAGGAGUGUCUUUUAUAUGAAUUUCACUGCCAAAUAUAACUAGCUACUGAAUCCAUUGGUGGGCUGAGAACAAACAUUCGGUGAAAAUAUCUGACAAGACGCUUCAUGAGACAUCUUCCUGGUAUACCUAAAGGUAAUAUAAGGCGGAAGGGUGGAUAUCGACUUAACACUUAAAACGAUCAACGUCUGCUUUAUAGUUUCCUUCGAUAAUUGGAUACAUAUAUGAACCACCCUCGUCAUUAGUUUAUUUAUAGCUCACUCUCGAAAAAUCUGUGAACUGUCAUCAUUAUCAUCGAGGGGAUUUAUUCAUAAAUGAAUUGUUGACGGGUGCAGUCGAGUGUCUUCCUUGAGCUUCACCUACAGUUCUUUCAGCUAUUAUGGGUAUAUUUAAACUUGAUGAUCUUCUCAAGGAUCUUGGUGAGUUUGGUCCUUACCAGAGGAGGGUGUUCGCCAUCACCUGUUCCAUAGUCUUCUUCUCGUCCUAUGUGUCGAUGAUACCUGUCUUUCUGGCAGCAACAGUUGAUCACUGGUGCGAGACGGACGAUUGGUCUUCAAAAGUUUGUGAGGGCUCGGGAUUGUCCGUAGAAGAAUGCCAGAUUGCCAAAAAGAAUGCCAGCAUCCCAUUUAACUACACAUCAGAUGGAGAGCUCGUCUACGCUCAAUGUGAGAAAUAUAAUGUGUCAGGAGUUGGAUUCUGGCCUGGGAUGGAUCCGUCCAAUUACAGCAGCGAAUCACUACCGCAGAUUAUCCCAUGUGAUCAGGGAUGGGUCUAUGAUACCAGCCAAUACAAAUCUUCCAUAGCUACAGACUUUGACCUGGUGUGCGGGAAAGAAGAUCUUACUCAGGUAUCCCAGUCACUUUAUUUUGGAGGAUAUCUGCUUGGAUCUCUCGUGUUUGGCUCCCUUGCUGAUGUAAUUGGACGAUGGUGGUCUUUGAUGAUCUGUUUGAUCGUACGGCUGAUCACCGGGUUUGCCCUUGCCUUUUCUCCAUCAUGGUGGGUGUUUUCUACCAUUCGAUUCAUCCAGGGAUGCGUAGCAAUCCCAAUAUACAUCAUUGCAUUCGUCUUAGCUAAUGAAUUUGCAGGCACGUCUAGACGUAACAUCACCGGGAUACUCUUUGCUGUCCCUUUCGCUACCGGGUACGUCUCACUUGCACUGGUUGCCUAUUUACUACGCCACUGGAGGACCCUUGAGAUGGUCGCCACUGCUCCUACAUUUUUCCUCAUGGCAAUAAUGUUAUUUUUACCCGAGUCGGUGAGGUGGCAGAUAUCGAACGGUAGAUAUGACCAAGCAGAAAAGACACUCAAGAUCUUGGCUAAAUCUAACAAGAAGACACUUCCUGAACCACUCUUCACUGAUCAAAUCAAAGAUGAAAUGAAAUCCAAAGAUCCGGGACAUCAGCCAUCGGCCUUGGACCUAUUCCGAACCCCCAAGAUGCGAAUGCGAACUAUUAAUCUCACAUUUACCUGGAUGGUAAACGCAGUCGUGUAUCAUGGACUGUCUUUGAAUACUUCCAAUCUUGGUGUCAACGAUUACCUGGCCUUUGCAGUCUCAGGAGCGGUCGAGAUACCAGCCUAUUUCUUUUCAUCAGUAUUGAUCGAGCUGAUCGGUAGACCCAAGAGUCUUUGCGGUCUCCUCCUUCUCAGUGGUGCAUCCUUACUCUCUACCGCCAUUUUUCCUCCUGGGACAGCACUGACGGCUGUUGCUAUGGUAGGCAAAUUUGGAAUAUCUGCCGCAUAUGCAGUCAUCUAUCUGUAUUCGGUUGAACUAUACCCGACAUCGAUAAGGAGUGCUGCGAUGGGCGCCUUUUCAACCUUCUCACGCAUCGCUGGUAUCAUCUCCCCCCUCAUGCUCACACUCUCAAAGUAUUGGAAUCCCCUUCCUAUGGUGAUCUACGGAGCAGCAGGUGUAGCCGUAGGGUUAUCCACCCUCCUCCUCCCUGAAACACGUGGAAUGAAGCUACCGGACACGCUGGAAGAAGGAGAGAACUUCGGAAUGACAAGUGUGGAAGAAGAGAAGAUGGAUGUAACAUUUAAGGAGGCGUCUGUGCAAGUCACCCUGCCCGAGAAAGAGAAAGAAUCAUUUGAUUAAUUUUCGAAAGUUUAUUUUCGGAAAAAGUACGAUUUAUAUGAAGUACGGGUCUCCCUUACUCGUGUUACUUUUCGGAUAUAUCAUUGCAACUAUAAAGACCAGUGCUCUUGGAAUAUUAAAGGAAACCAAAUCCCAAUGAAUCAAUCUGAGCAGAAAUAGUAAAAUGGGAGGAACAAUUUAAAUCAAAUUUCAUCAAAAUCGGUUAUAUAAUAAGAAAGUUAUGGAAUCUUUAAAAGCCUUGAUUUUCUAUGAAUUGGGGUCCUCAAAUCGGCAAACAUGAUUCAAAAUGGCAAAUUUUUAAUGUAAUUUCUGCACAUAUUUCCCCAUUAUCUGUCACAUCGCAUAAUACGUAUAUGAGCAUAGCAAAUGUUAUGAGAAAAUACAUUUCGCACCACAUAUAUCACGGUCAGGAAGAGAUAAUCAGAAAUAUGUAAAAAUAAAGUGAAAAAUCUUAAAAUAUGUGUACAAAACAAAUUUAGAGUCAGUUCACAAAAUCGGCCAUUUUGGAGGAUGUUUGCCAAUUCAAGGAUCGCUAUGGAAAGUGUUGCAAGACUUUUCAAACUUGUAUAACUUUAUUAUGUUAUAGCCGAUUUUGACGAAACUUGUUUUUUUUUAAUUGCUCCUCUUUAGUAAUUCUACAAGUUUUUAUCCCAGAUUACCAUUUAUUUGGUAAAGGUUCACCCUUCUGUUGUUAAAGCCUAUCUUUAGGUUUGAUAAAUCCCCCAAAAAAUGAAUGUCACUAUUAAUUUUCAUUACUAGAUCAUAUCGAUCCAUGUGCUCCAAAACGGUUGUGAAUUUAUGGUUAUAAACUAAAAUGUGUUUUGUUUGAUAAAUGUACAGAUUUUACAUCACAAUCGGGUGCCAAAUCAACAUAACAAUGUCUGCAUAUUUUUAGUUAUAUGAAAUACCUUCUCAAUCAUGGAAUGGGCUGAGAAUUUUAGGACAUGAUGUUUGUCAGUGCAUGCAGCUUUCUAUCAAAUUAUACCCCUUUCAUAAACCUAUCCUCCAAUUAGCCGCCUAAUAGUAAUGCGGAUAAUUCAAUAAAAAUUGCGUUCACAAACUCCCAAAAUUAUCCGCAUUAUUUUUACGAGCGCCCUUCCUGAAAAAGGCGGAUAAUCGUCAUGACAACUGGACACCCCCCUCCGAUGCGGUUGUGUUGGAAAAGGGUGACCUUGUGACCGCACCAUGGCAAUUAUCCGCAUUAUUUGGAACUACGUUCAUAAACUCAAAAUCUUGUCCCGAUGCUGCUAUUAUGCGGAUAAUUGCAGCAUCAAAAUAAUGCGGAUAACUCUGGUCCUCCUCCGAUUUUAUGACCAAAUUAUGCUGCUAUUAGCCGCAUAAUUGGGUUUAUGAAAGGGGUAUUAGUAAAUAUGUAAAAUAAGUGCUCCACCCGCUAUUCCAAAUAAAAAAAUACAUUAAAGCGUUCGCGUUCUUCCAACGAAAGGUCGGGAAUAUCGAUCCAUGUACGGUCUGUAUGCGCCCAAUAUACGCGUAGCACGUCGGCAACGCGUGAUGCAUUCGUUGCAAGCCCGUUUAGCGCCUUUUCCAGAUUCCUUACAAGAGUUGGGCGCACAACGACGCACCUAUCUGGGUUUUUUUCCAUUUUUGACUGAAAUUCAACGCGCGGGCCGUGCGUCGGGCAAUAUGUGACCGGGCCUUAAUCAAGAAUAUCAAAACUGAAUAAUAAAGUUUUGGCAUUUUAGCCCCUACUGUA